GUCUCCAAGAUUCGGGAGUUACAGUGGGAGGGGAAAGAAGCAAACUGGCGGGAGAUGCGGGAGCCAAGCGGUUAGAAGCCAACCUGGAGGAGGAGCCUCUCCGAGACUCCUGGCUGCUUUCCGGCCGCGCGGGCAGGAGGUUUCAUACACCUGAAAAAGAAUGUCAAGACGCAGUAGCCGUUUACAAGCUAAGCAGCAUGCUCAGCCCAGCCAGCCAGACUCUCCCCAAGAAAUCCAGAUAAUCCAGGCCAAGAAGAGAAAAACAGCACAGGAUGUAAAAAAAAGAAGAGAGGAGGUCACCAAGAAACAUCAAUAUGAGAUUAGGAAUUGUUGGCCACCUGUAUUAUCCGGGGGAAUCAGUCCUUGCAUUAUCAUUGAAACACCCCACAAAGAAAUAGAAACAAGUGACUUUUCCAGAUUUACAAAUUACAGAUUUAAAAAUCUUUUUAUUAAUCCUUCACCUUUGCCAGAUUUAAGCUGGGGAUGUUCAAAGGAGGUCUGGCUAAACAUGCUAAAAAAAGAGAGCAGAUAUGUUCAUGACAAGCAUUUUGAAGUUCUACAUACUGACUUGGAACCACAGAUGAGGUCAAUACUUCUAGACUGGCUUUUAGAGGUAUGUGAAGUAUACACACUUCAUAGGGAAACAUUUUAUCUUGCUCAAGAUUUUUUUGAUAGAUUUAUGUUGACACAAAAGGAUAUAAACAAAAAUAUGCUUCAACUUAUUGGAAUUACCUCAUUAUUCAUUGCUUCCAAACUUGAGGAAAUCUAUGCUCCAAAACUCCAAGAGUUUGCUUAUGUCACUGAUGGUGCUUGCAGUGAAGAGGAUAUCUUAAGGAUGGAACUCGUUAUAUUAAAGGCUUUAAAAUGGGAACUUUGUCCUGUAACAGUCAUCUCCUGGUUAAAUCUCUUUCUCCAAGUUGAUGCUCUUAAGGAUGCUCCUAAAGUUCUUCUACCUCAGUAUUCUCAGGAAACAUUCAUUCAAAUAGCUCAGCUUUUAGAUCUGUGUAUUUUAGCCAUUGACUCCUUAGAGUUCCAGUACAGAAUACUGGCAGCUGCUGCCUUGUGCCAUUUUACCUCCAUUGAAGUGGUUAAGAAAGCCUCAGGUUUGGAAUGGGACAUCAUCUCAGAAUGCGUAGACUGGAUGGUGCCUUUUGUCAGUGUAGUAAAAAGUACUAGUCCAGUGAAGCUAAAGACUUUUAAGAAGAUACCUAUGGAAGACAGACAUAAUAUCCAGACACAUACAAAUUAUUUGGCUAUGCUGGAUGAAGUAAAUUAUGUAAACACCUUUAGAAAAGGGGGACAGCUGUCACCAGUGUGCAAUGGGGGCAUUAUGACACCACCGAAGAGCACUGAAAAACCACCAGGAAAACACUAAAGGAGUUACUUGACAAACAAAUUGAAACUGAGCAAGUAUUGCUAGAAUUUCAUACAACUGAACUAAAGAUUUUACAGGAAAAUAGUGCUGUGAUUAYCCUUGGCAAUUCAGAAGUGACACAGCCAUUCUUUGAAAAACCACUUGAAAUUGGCACUAAAGAAGAUAUUCACUUCCUAUAUUAGCCAUUAAAGAAGGCUGAACAUGUUUACAAAGAUGACUUCAUUCACAAGUCUAUUGGAGAGAAGCCAGCCACAAUUAUUUCUGAAUCCAGUGUUACUAUGUUUAUUUUGAUAAACAAGGAAUUUUAUCAUUGCAGUUUUGGACUAGAUAAGUGCUACCUUAAAGGGUACAUUGAUAUAAUAUUCUGAAUCUAGCUUUAGGUUCUCAAAUUCCUAUACUCUUAACUAGUGCAAUUUGGUUCUUGAAAAUAAAAUUUAAACUUGUUUACCAAGACUUAGUUUUGUAAUAAGGUGACUAAUUUAUCUAAACCUGUGGUAGCAAACUAUUAUAAAACUUGAAUUUUUACAAAUGGUGAGAUUUAAUGUAUUUUUUAACUUUCUUAUUUGCCUUGCCAUCAUAUUCUUUAACCAAUAAGGCUUCAAUGAAUAGGAUGUUUUAAACUGCUCUAAACAGUGGGAGUACCAAAGAAAUUAAAAAUAAGAUAAAUGCUGUGGCUCCUACUUGGAGCUUUAUCUUGAUAUAUAGGUUGCUUUAUAAUGACCUUUCUGUAUAUCACAAUUUGGGUGAAGUCUUAAGUACCUUUUCAAACUAUUUAUAUGAGAAAGUCACUUUAUUACUCUAAGAUAUCCCUAAGGCUUUUUUUUUUUUUUAAUUUAGUGUGACUAAGGCUUUAUUUAUGUUUAUAAAACUGUUAAGGUCCAAUUUAAACUCCUACAUUAUGAGAUAAGGACAGCGUCAAAAUGAUAAAGAUUAACACUUAUUUUCUUAAGGCAGAAAAAUAUUAAAUGUAUACCACAAGUCUAUUUAUUAAAAAGACAUAAGAACUUGCUGUAUAUAGACUAGCUACUACUUACCUUAAAUUAGCUUUUGCCUCAAAAAGUCAAUUACUAAAGCAUUAUCCUAAUGUGAAUCUCUUCUCCCUUUGAAGAAACUGUAAAUUAAAGUUACUAUUAUAGUAUGAAGUCUUUUGUAUAGUUUUAAACUAUUUGUUUCUGUAUUGUCUGAAAAGAAAACACCACUAAAUGUGUACAUAUGUAUUAUAUAAACUUAAUCUUUUAAUACUGUUUAUUUUUAGCCCAUUGUUUAAAAAUAAAAGUUUAAAAAACUU